ACUAGUCUCUUCCCUUCCUUUCUCUCGUUUCUCCAGUGGGCAAAGGAGCUCCCUCUCUCCUAAGAAUACACCGUUCCUUUUCGCCUUCUUGGCUCUUAUACUGUACGUUCCGUCCUUUGUAGGGAUGGAAAAUUGCUAAUUCUGGGCCUACACAUUUUCUUCCCAUGAUGGAGAGGUGGAAUAUCUUCACGCUGAUAAUGGCCGUAGGGAUCGCCGUUGUCAUAGCAACUAGUAGACUCGAGUGUCCAGAAGAGGGAAGGUUUCCUGACCUCAAUGAAUGUGGGCGGUUUUAUGAUUGCACCUCUGACAGCAACGGCAGCUACGUCGUGACCAGGGAUUACUGCCGGGGCUUUGUGUACAACGCCACUGCCAGGACUUGUAGUAGCGAUGGUCGGUGUCACUCGCGCCGAGGCAGGAGCCCGCCUGUUGCAAGCCCCAGGCACUCUCAUCUGUGCGCAUCCAGACCCGACAGUUUCCAGUGUGCCGACUGCAAGAACUUGGUCCUGUGCGUCAAAGGGCAGGCUUUCAUCCGCCGGUGUACUAGCGGGGCAUUCUGCGAUAGGAGGAAGCAGUUCGGAGGCGCCGUGUGCUACCCAGGGUUACCUCGCGAGUGCACCUGCGAGAAGGCAAACGACCUACGCCAAGACUUUUACGACCCCCAGAGGUUUUUCUCCUGCGAGAAAGCCGGGUCGAGGCCCGUGGGUUACAGGUGCAAGGAUAACAUGAUCUUUGACGAAGGCCUUGGCCUGUGUCGGAACAGGGACAGCCCACUAUCAUGCACUCAGGCGGGCUUCUUUGCCAUUCCGAAAAGCUGCUCGGAUUACUUCUCCUGCAUCCAGCUCCGAUACGGCUGGGUACAGCGGUUCUUCAUGUGUACCAACAACAUGUACUUCAGCCAGAAAACCCAACAGUGCGAAGAUCCUUGCUCGGGGAAGUACGAGUGCACGAUAGAGGGCUACUUCGCCGAUCCGUUUGACGUGCGUCGGUUCUUCCUCUGCUUCAAAGAUCCGGCUCGGAUGAUAAAGAUCCAUUACCAGUGUCCUACAGACUAUGUUUGGAAUACGAACUUUACAUACUUAGAAAAACAAUGUGUGCGGGAUAGAAGGGGUAGAUCCCAAUCCCCGUGUUUCGUACCAAUCGAUGCAUGUCCAGAUGUCUAUACAUUUGAGGAAGCGGACAGAAGCAUGCUAAGAACAGAUGCAUGUGACCAAGAGCCUUGCUUCCCGGGAGUUUCCUGUAACCCAGCGCUCGAAUCCCCCUUCUACUCCUGCGGCCCUUGCCCCCCUGGUCGUGAGGGGGACGGAGUACUGUGUAAGUGUGGUGUUGGUUCAGCGGGAGACGGCGCGGAGUGCGGCCUCGACUCUGACCUCGACGGCUAUCCGGACAGUGACCUCGGCUGCUCUGACCCUCACUGCCGCCGAGACAACUGCCUCACAGUGCCAAACUCCGGCCAGGAGGAUACCGACGGCGACGCAGUAGGGGAUGCCUGUGACGACGACGCUGACGGCGAUGGCUUUGACACCGUCGAGGAUAACUGUCCUCUGGUCCCUAACCCUUUGCAAGAGGACGCGGACUUAGACAGAAGAGGCGACGUGUGUGAUAACUGCCCCUACCUCCCAAACCCCGAGCAGAGGGACACAGACGGGGACUCUGUUGGCGAUGACUGCGAUGAGGAUAUAGAUGAUGACGGGAUCCUCAACGAAAUGGACAACUGCCCUUUCAUCCCCAACGCCCACCAGAACGACACUGACGGCGACGGUGUAGGCGAUGUAUGCGACAACUGCCUCGAGGACGCCAACCCCUGGCAGGAGAAUAAGGACGGGGACGCAGCAGGAGAUGCGUGUGACUAUGAUAAUGACUCAGAUCGCGACGGCGUACAGGACAGCGCGGACAACUGCCCUGUUCACGCCAACAGUGACCAGGUAGACGUAGACGGCGACGGUGUCGGUGACGCCUGUGACAAGGACAGUGACAACGACGGCGUGGAGGACGACCGUGACAACUGUCCGCUUAUUCCCAACGCCGACCAGAGUGAUGAUUCCUACAACGCCGACGGCCGCGGAGACGCCUGCAGGAGGGACUUCGAUGGCGAUGGGGUGGAGGACGCUAGCGAUAACUGCUUCAGGAAUCCUACUGUGCACAAGACUGAUUUUAGGUCCCUGCAAACGGUGUCUCUGGAUCACGACCACUACAUCUUCCUUCCCGAAUGGCUCGUCUACGAUAACGGAACGGAAGUACAGCAGACUAAAAGCACCGACCCCGUUUUAGCUGUUGGUCAUCAUAACCUGGGAAAUGUCGACUACGAAGGGACUCUCUUCGUCACAGAUCAUUCGGACGAUGACUAUGUCGGAAUUGUUUUUAGUUACCAAUCCAACGCCAAGUUCUACGUCAUGACCUGGAAGAAGGAAACCCAACUCUGGAACACCUUGGCCGAGAAAGGUGUUCAGCUGAGGGCCAUUGACUCAGCCACAGGGCCAGGCCGGGAGCUGAGGAAGGCACUGUG